UUCGCGGAAAAACACUGUGACAUGGAUGUAUUUUUAGGCUGUAACGAAGUAGAAACUUAUUCCUUAAAUGUAGUUAAGGACAACGAAUGUACUAGAAACCAAUUUAUAAAUGAAAUGAAUUUUGAUGAUGACGUACAUUAUGUUUGUUUAUCCAGCCCAAGAACAUAUUCAUGUCAAACAUCUCUUGGGUAGCGUAUUAUAAUGUGUCAAUUUACAUAAUGGAGAGAUCAGCUCUGCUGUUUAGAACCAUAUCUGAUUUUUUUUCUGUUUCCUUCCAUUCGGAAUGUAUUCUUUGAUGUAUCCGCUCUUAUGUUGCUACAUAUCUAUGGCUGCCGCAGCUCUUGCUAAUGCUGCGGGAAACACAUAUCACUUUUGGGACUAUGAAGAAACGUGUCAACAUUAUAAUAGUAUAAUUAAUAAAACUGACGAACAAUUGACCAAGUUCCAACAGACUCAAAUCAAAUGUACCGACGUAAGUGAUGAGAUUAAAUCAGAUAUUUGUGCCGAUUACAAGAGUAAAUUUAAUAAUGUCCGUUUGCUGUGCCGAGAGUUUGACUCUUUGACAUAUACUUGGGACUAUCCAAUGAACGAUAAUACAUCAACCAGCAAACUUGUAGUUGCUGUUGAACUCAUUUCCCAUUGCUGCAACAACGAAACCGAACCAAAAACACAUUUAUCAAAAAUAUCUACAGGGUCGUACAUCCGAUUCGAAAACCUGGAAUCGAAAACGUGGUAUGCGGCCAGAGUCCGAUUGGUAACUAAAAACGGUACCCUGUGUCGUCAGCCUGUAGUAGAUGUCCAAUCCGAGCACACCCUAGACAAGUCGGCAACACCCGAACCUGUCGAAUCGUUGAACGUCACCUACAAGUUCGACGUUACCAAAGCGCCAAAACCCUUGAGUACGCUGCUAAAAUGGAAACUUUCACCGGACAAGAAUUGUCAUUACAAAAUCAUAUACUACCCGAAUCAUUACAUUGAUGUUCGUUAUCCUAUCGUCGACGAGGCAGAGAAAACUGGCAGCUUCAAACUCACAAAUUUGUCUCAGGACACUCAGUACACUGUGAAGAUGUGUCCGUCUUACCAGAAGAACAAUAGGAAAGACAACAGCUGCAAAGACUUUACGUUCUACACGCCCAAGUGUUUAGACUCAAAGCCUUCAGAAGAGUGUCCUCCCUUGCAACCUACUAAUCUCACAAUAAAGUUAUAUAACAGAAAAGACGGACUGUACAACGUGAAUAUGUCGUGGAAGGGUAGCGACUACGCGGAAUUCUACACGGUAAAAAUGAGCUCAGAGUCUAAGAACGUGACGGGCAAUACUUCGGAAGCGCUCUUCGAAAACAUAAACCUGAACGACACUUACUUAGCCAGCGUACAAGCGUUCAACCGGAACGGCGGCAGCCCAGAGUUGAAGUUGCAGCUACUGCCGCCCAUUGCCAAGCCGUCCAGCGGCAGUAACUAUUACUUGUGGACUACGGUCGUCGUGUUGGCAUUAUUCGCUGUGGCAGUGGUCGGCAAACACGUGCACCAGAAGAAAAUGGCCGUAAGAAAGGCGUUGGAGAUUACCGCGUACGAGUUGAACGUACUUAAAGGCCUUGAGGACGUGGACCUGCUGAUGGACCGGAAGAACGUGGUGGUCACUGAAGAACAAUUGGGACGGGGUCACUUCGGCGUCGUCCGUAAAGGGCUCGUCAAGACCGAAGCGACCGGCGAGUAUCCAGUGGCGGUCAAGUCUCUUCAGGGCCGGCCGAGUAGUCGGGACAUGGACAUGUUUCUAGGCGAGAUAUUACUCAUGCAAAAGGUCGGCAAACACCCGAACAUCGUGUCCAUGGUCGGCUGCUGUGUGGACGUCAACAGCCGGUGCAUGUUGAUUGUCGAGUUUUGCCCGCUGGGAGACCUGCUGACGUAUCUAAGGAAAGUGAAUAUGAAGCCGUGGUACUCAAACGAGCUGGGUGACCUAAAGACCAUGUUGGCCAAUUGGCAAGACGGUAAUGAAGCGACGACGACUACCUCACCAGUCGUGUCCAACAACUGUUACAUGUACCACAACGAGCAAGAAAUAUUUUUAUCCUCCGGCGACCUCUUGCGAUUUGCUAGCCAAGCCGCCAACGGAAUGGUGUUCUUAGAGAAAAACCGGAUUGUACACCGUGACCUCGCCGCCCGCAAUGUUCUAUUAAGCGACCACCAUACGAUAAAAAUCUGUGAUUUCGGAUUAAGCCGUGAUGUGUACGAACAAAAUCUUUACACAAAAUCUAAAGACGGCGACCCUCUACCAGUUAAGUGGAUGGCCUUGGAAUCACUUAAGCACCGCGUGUACACCACUCAGAGUGAUGUGUGGUCGUUUGGAGUUCUUUUGUGGGAGAUCACCACACUGGGGGGUUGUCCCUACCCGUCGGUGCAGUCUGCCAAAUUAUACGAGGUGUUGCGCAGGGGAUACCGUAUGUCCAAGCCGGCUUUGUGCUCUGACAGACUGUAUAAAGUCAUGCUAGAGUGUUGGCACCCAGAACCCAACAAACGGCCGAAAUUUGUCUCCAUCAAAGAUACCAUCGACAGCAUAAUAGAAAAGCAAAACGAGUAAACAAAUCAUAGUAAUAAUAUCUUAAUACCGAAAUAAUUAUCUAGUUAAUUUAGUUUUUUUAUCUAGUUACAUCAAUAUGUACUUUAAUAAUAAAUAAUAAUAUAACUGUAUACAUACAUAAAACAAUAAAUAUCAAUUAUGUUAAAUAUAUAUUAUUCUCUUGGUGAAAAAAACAAAGGUGUCAAACAAGACCAAAGGAAGAAGUUUAAAAAUAUUAUUAACUAGAUACUUCAAACUUGGCAUCUUUGAUGACUAACAAGGAAGAAGACGAAACAAUUUGGGUUAGGAAUGCAUGUUGAGCGGAUGGAUGUGGUCUUGCAAAAACGUUGAGUUUGGAUGUAGCUUUGUAGCAGCCUUGGGAGACGAUAGCGGCACGCAUUUGUAUUGUAUGAGUCGCUGCCACUGGUAGCAAAAAAGGCUUUGGAUUGACUACUCCCACCCAACAGAAAUGCUGACUGUCCACAUCCGAUCUAAAAAAAAAAAAAAUUGAUGUCAAACAUUUUAAUUUGUACUAUAAUUGUGUAUUAGCUUUAAUGCU